AUGCCGGCGAUCGUGAAAGCGCAGACAACCAAACAAGCAAAAGCCGCAUACAAAGCACGUGGCCGGCCGACUCUAAGCGACAAAGAAUCCAGGCAGCUGCAACGAGCCAUCCAGCUGGAAGAGCGCGCCGAGAAGGCCAGAGAGGCGGAGAAGCGGAGGACCGAGGCAGCCAAGAAGCGGGCGGAGAAGGAGAGACCGGCCAAGGGGGAUGCGAGGCUGGGAAGUCAGAGGAGGACGGACAAGUUUGGAUUCGUUGCGAGCCAGUUCCAUCUGGGCAACUUCUUUGGCAAGCCGAGGAUGCCGAGUGAGGUAGCCAAGGCUGGCGGUGCUGGGUCAGGGGUGAUGCCACGGGACGUCGAUACCGAGGACGAGUUCGGCAGUGAGGAUCUGGACGACGACACUUUGCUGAAAGCCUUGGACUCUCCCGAAGCCAAGAAGAGGUCUGUCGUAAGUCCUGGGGUGAUGAAGAGAUCUGAUGCUCUGUCUAUGCCUCCUCCACCUAGACCUGUCGUGAUGGCUUCCGUCCAAGCCAGAGUGCCUGUGGCUGUCUCGAGAUCUUCCGGCAUGGCCAUCGCUCCUCCUUCUCGACCAUCUCUGCCGAAUUAUCCUCAAACAACGCCUAACGGUACCACAAAGCCUGGUGUUGUGUCAAGACAUCCAGCUGCUCUCAUGCCUCCGCCACCUCGACCUUUUGUUGGUACGUCGAAAGCUCGGCCUGUACCCAAGCCGAUCGUGCAGGAGGACUUCGCCAGCUUCUGGGAUGAGCUUGACAGCAGUACUCAAGUUGCUCGUGAUCUCGAGGGUCCAGUGGAGGAUAAGCGGACGGACUCCUUCUGUUCUGGUGAUUUCGAUAUGACUGAAGAGGAGUUGGACGAGCUGAUGCCUCCCGAUCUCGGCUUCACUUCCACCCAGUUGGAGACCUUCAUAGACGACGAUAUCCAGCUUUCACAAGCUGUCCCAGCCUGA